UGAGAGAGUGGAGAAGCAGAACUCAGCGAAUGAACUUGUGAGCAGCUUUAUAUACCAGAGCUAAAUUUAGGACCGCUGGUGCGCUACCUCCAUCCUGAACGUGUUUCCUCCGCUUAAUUCAAUUGGUUCAGCUUCUCAGCUGCAAUAUUUAUAAGUUAGGAUCCCCUACCAAUCAAAGUUGCACAUGACUUUGAAACACUACUUCAUAUAGGAGAGGAGAACACUCUACUAUUUACAAAAAAAGUUUUUUUUCACGAGGAGUAAAGUGGAUCGAACUUCUGCUGAACAGUUUGUCAGCGGUUUUUAAAAUAUAUUUUUGCAGUGAAAAGAAACAUUGAAAAAUGGCCUUAAGCGGGACCAUUCUACCUUCUAUAUCUACGUUUGCAAACCCAUGGGAAAAAUGUUGGGAAAACAGGUGGAAAAGUGAAAUGGACAAGGCUGCACACUCCAGCUGCUCCAUGGCCGUGCAGAACAUGGACAUGUACUUUCCAAGAAAAGACGACGAAGAUCUAAGCAAUUUCUUAGAUCUGGAAUUUAUCCUCGCCAACACCACCGGCUCCGACAGCCUGAAUCCCAUCGCUCCUGCUGGGGAGUACCCCAUGACAUCUACUGAACCCAGCUCACUCUACCAGACCGGCAACUCCACGGGGUCCUACAGCGUACCCGAGCAGAGCAGCGCUCCGCCGCCGUACAGCACGAGCCUCAUGGAGGAGCUGCUGAGGACCGAGGUGGACAGUAGCUACUGUCUCGCCAAUAACGUCCACGGGAGAUUCCUAGUCGCUUCAACGAACUCUUUUGCAAACCAGGACUUUGUUGACAACAUCAAGGUUGAGCCAAGCAUGGACGGGUACGGACCAAUCAUGGGCAUGGUGCCCCAGUCCGGCGUUAAAAUUAAACAGGAGGGGAAUUCUUCGUGCAUGAUGGCUUUCGACCAGCCCAGGCUAGCCAGCUCCCCCCAGGCAACGGGCAACAUGACCCCACCGCUGAGCCCCGAUGACCUGAUGAACACAGACUGCCAGCCUCAGAUGUGCCACUCCAUGACAUUCCAGCAGGGAUACCACCCUGCCCCAAACUUCCCCCCUCCUCUGCCUGGCAUGCAGCUCCAGUAUCAGACAGCGCACCAGUUCAGCAUAUACGAGGAUGGGCUCAGCCUCCAGCCGUCCGCGCAGAGAGUUCUGCUGACCCCGCCGUCAUCCCCACUCGAACUCCUGGACUCCAAACCAAAGAGAGGUCGCAGGUCCUGGCCCAGGAAACGAACCGCGAGUCACACCUGCACCUACGCCGGCUGUGGGAAAACUUACACCAAGAGUUCCCACUUGAAAGCGCAUCAUAGAACGCACACAGGUGAGAAGCCCUAUCACUGCAGCUGGGAAGGUUGUGGCUGGAAGUUUGCCCGUUCUGAUGAACUGACCCGACAUUUUCGUAAACACACCGGCCACCGUCCCUUCCAGUGCCACCUGUGCGAGCGUGCCUUCUCCAGGUCGGAUCACUUGGCCCUGCACAUGAAACGACACAUGUAAACGAAGCAUGCCAUUCUGGACUGGACUGGACUUUUUAUACUCAUUGCUAUUUAAUUAUUAUAUAUAUAUUAAAAAAGAGCAAUUUUAUAUAUAUAUAUAUAUAUAUAU